AUGGAGAAUAUUGAGACUACCGAAUCUGUUGUAGUUAACAGAAAAAGACAAAGGAAACCGAGUGUUAAGGUGUCGGAAGCAGCGGCUGCAUCAAGUAAUGGGAGUCCUGAAACGAGCAGAAGAAGAGGGAGGAAGUCGGCUAGGGUGGAAAGCAGUGAAGAAGAUAAAGGAAAAGAAACUGUGCCUUCAACGGCGGCGUCGGAGAGCACGGUUGUUGAGCAGGGAGAAGACGCGAAUUCCCGGAGAUCGGCGGUGACCACCACCAGGCUGGUGGCGAGGAUAUGGGGAGAGUAUUUCUCCACGGAGAGCUCAAAGAAAGUUGAUGAUGAGAAAUGGAUGCCCUAUUAUCAAUCUCCGAGGAAACCGACGAGUAGUACAAGUAGAAAUGAGGUUUCAUGGAUUGGUCGAACAACCAGGGUAACUUCUGACGGCAACAAUGUUCUUUAUUGUGGAGUGUCUAUCAAUGGAGUUUCGGUAUUCCCCGGCUCCGUCGUGCUGGUCAACCAGCCUCGCGAGGGCCGAGACUCCACCAUUUGUUUUGUGGAAUAUAUGAUUCAAUCUUCGGACGGAACAAAGAUUGUCCAUGGACGGGUGAUGGUGGGGGCAUUCGAGACAGUCCUCGGAAACAACGCCCACAAGAGGGAGCUCUGUCUGAUCGAGGAUUGCCUCGACUUCCAUCCCUGCAACGUCACAAAAUCGUUGGAUGUUAAAAUCCAACCGAAACCAUGGCCCAUGAAAGAACAAGAAGAAGGCAGAGAGACAGAAUACUUCUGUCGAAACCUAUACUGUCCUGACAAAGGUGGGUUUUUCAGUUUAAAAACCGAUUCCAUAGGACUAGGCAAUGGCCAUUGCCAGUCCUGCAAAACAAGAAAAUCCCACGAAGAAAAAAACACAUUCUCCUACUGUGACUCCCCUAUUAGUUUCACAUAUCAAGGGAUUCACUACAAUGCUCUGGACUUUCUCUACAUUCCUCCUUCCCAUUUAGAGGAGUCCAAUAAUGGCAAUAAAAGUGUCAUCGAAGACGAGGAUGAUUCGAUGCCAAAAGCAUAUGUAAUAUGCCAGCUUGUGUCGGUGGAUACGCCUUCUUCACCUGCACAGCUAAACCCUGAGGAUGUAAGUAUCAUAGUCAGAAGGUUUUACAGACCUGAAGACUUAAAUGCAAUGGAUGCUUACCUCUCCGAUAUCCAUACGGUAUAUUGGAGUGAUAAGACAACAACAGUGCCUGUCACUGCAGUGAAGGGGAAAUGUGCAGUUUGGACAAGGAAAGAUUUUGUAUUUAUGGAUUUUCCUUAUUCGCAUGAGCAUAAUUUCUUCUGUGAAUAUGUAGUAGCAGACCCAGAUAAUAGGCCAAAAUUGCUACCGCUUUUAGAGGGCUGCUUGGAACUCAAAGAGACAAGCAGAAAGAUAGAAGAAGAAAAAGAAGAUGAACCAGGCAGCAAGUGUGUGGUUCCUAGAAGUCCCUUGGCUACACUGGACAUAUUUUCUGGCUGUGGUGGCUUAUCAGAAGGUCUAGAAAAGUCAGGUGCAGCAGUCACAAAAUGGGCGAUAGAAUCUGAUCAAAAGGCAUCUGAAGCUUUCAAGCUGAACCAUCCACAUGCCUUCACAGUGGUCCAAAACUGCAACGUUGUUCUCAGGGAUGUGAUGAUGGCCAACGGGGAUGCCCACGACUGUAUCCCCUCCACUGAAGCUUCAUCGUCUGCAUCAAAGGUGGACGAUGACGUUCUCAGCCGUCUGCCCAAACCUGGAGACGUCGAUUUUAUAGUUGCAGGACCUCCCUGUCAGGGUUUUUCUGUCCUGAACAGGUACAAGAAAAACUCGUUGAGUGAUGCAAAGCGCACGAUGAUACUGGCGUUUUUAUCCUAUGUUGAUUACUUCAGGCCCAAGUAUGUCCUAGUUGAAAACGUUAGGAACCUCGUCAGUUUUGACAACAUGCAACCAUUUCAGCUCACCCUUAACUCAUUUCUAGAAAUGGGCUAUCAGGUUAGGUUUGGAGUCCUGGAGGCCGGAGUCUAUGGCGUGGCACAGUCGCGGAAGCGCGUGUUCAUAUGGGCGGCAGCGCCUGAAGAGACGCUCCCGGAAUGGCCAGAGCCAAUGCAUGCAUUUCCAACGCAAAACCUGAGAAUCAAGCUAGAUUUGGGCGCAAAUUCCCAUUACACUGCUGUCCCGAGCACAAGAGCCGGUGCCCCUUUGCGUGCUCUCACUGUCAGAGACACCAUCGGAGAUCUCCCUGCAUUGAUAGAUGGAGAUAAUAUAGGAACAAUGCCGUACAAAAGUGAUCCUAUUUCCUGGUUCCAAAAAAGAGUCCGAGGAAAUCAUCAGAAUAUAUUGACGGAUCAUAUUACGAAGAAACUGACUGAAACGAACCUCAUUCAGUGCCUGUACCUCUCCGCAGGUCAAGAUUGGAGAGAUCUUCCUGAUAAGAAGAUUGAGCUGCCAAGUACUGGGGAAUUUGUUGACUUGAAACCUAAAUGGCUGGUUAAGUUGCGGGAUAAAGGUUACAAGUCAAAUGGUGUUCUUGGAAGAUUACAUUGGGAAAAAAAAUUUCCUACAGCCAUCACCAACCCUCAGCCAGGAGGUAAGGUUGGGAGAUGGUUUCACCCGGUAGAGCAUAGGAUAAUUUCUGCCCGAGAAUAUGCUCGAUCUCAGGGAUUUCCGGACUGGUACAAAUUUGUAGGACCUUUAAAGAAUAUGUAUCAGCAAAUUGGGAUCCUAAAGGACAAGUACUACCAAGUUAUCAAUAUUGUACUACCGCGACCUCUAGAAUUUGCACCGGGGAAAAAGCCCAAAGCGGCGAUAGAAGCCAAUAAUUCAUAG